UUCUUUUCCUCCACCACAAUUCUUACCUACGUCUUCAAAUUGGAAGUUUCAGAGAUUCUGCACCAUGCGCAUGACCCGUGCUGCCCUCCGAGCUCAAGCUCAUGACGAGACGCAAUUGAUUCACGAAGACACCGACGCGGACACCUCUCGAGACGACUCAGGCACGAUCCACGAAACUGAACGACCAGCUCUAAAAGACAUCACUGAUGAAAACUAUCCGACUGCAGAUGACAAUUUGGCAAUCGAAGAACAUCCACCUUUGAGUAGAGUCAAGAGCAAGGGAGAAGGAAAACAGACCAAGAAGGACAAGGACAAAGUCGAGUCCACCCAAGGCGAACAACAAGAAGUGCUCGAGACAGCGACGUGCUGCAGCCAAGAACAGACGGGUCAAGCUGAGGGAGGUCAAGAGACUGCCUUGGUCGAACCGGAGUCUGUGCAACUCCCAGCCUGUGCUGAGGCAGUGGAUGCGGCAGCUGAAGAAGGCCAACCCCCUACAUAUAAUCCUACUCCUAGUCCACCUCGCAACGAUCUUCCAAAGACACCCAAAUUCGACCCAGCCGUUCACGUAGCCGAGGAAGUAGCAACGCCCGCAGAUACUGUCGAGGACUCAUUUGUGGACAAAAUCAAAACAAGAUCACCAAGCAAGAUGCAGUUCGAGCCACAAGAACGGUUGUCUCCAGCGUAUUCGGUUGAGCAGACUACACAUGUGCCGAGAAUUGAGGACUCAGUUGAAGCUAUAGACGCACUUGAGGACGCUAUUGAAGAGGUCUCUGAAAGAUUGCCAGAUCUGGAUGGUCUCGAAAUUGAAUCUCCCAUCAAAUCUCGCAAAACCACACCCGUACCCUUGACUUCGCACCGUACACCAGGAACAGCCCGAAAGGCAGAACCAGCAUCUGCCAGAUCGUUACGCAAAUCGCCCCGAAAGGCACCUUCCACUGGACGUCCUCCUCAACCCAGACCUAGCGUCAGCCGUGCCUCGAGCAUCAAAGCAAAACCCACCUUGGUAGACAAACAGCCAAAGAAACCCAUCAUUGAUGGCUUGAAGACUAGGGAACCUUCGGCAUCUUCCACAUUACCAGCACUAUCCUUCUCCAACUCUCCAGCGAAGUCCCUUCCCAACACAACGAAGAAACGGGUGCCUAGCGCUACCUUGUCCACUCAAAAGCCGGCGUUCGUCCCGGCGAAGUCUGCCAAACCACCUACAAAGCCAACGUUCACUCUUCCCGGGGAAGCGAUUUCAGCUAAAGUGAAGGCGGAACGUGAGGAGAAAUUGAGGCGUGAAGAAGAAGCCGAGAGAGAGCGCAAAGUCUUUAAAGCUAGACCAGCUCCCCCGAAGACAUGUCGACCCAGUGUCCUUCCACGCGAGAACAAAGCCAGUCAGGCGCGGGUUAGCAUUUACUCGACCGGGACGAAUAAAGAAAACGUUGCGCCGAAGACACGACCAUCCUCGUUCCACGCUGCGGUGCACAAGGAUGUAACGAAGGCGAAUUCGAGCGUUCGACGAACAACUAGUGUCAUGGAGAGAUCUACCGCGAAACCCAGAGUAUCGUCGCUGCAGUUGACGGCCGGCCAGAAAUUGGCUGUGACCAAAGAAGAUCAGGCACAGCAGAAAGCUAGGGCCAAAGCUGUCUUUGGACGGACCAAGAUUGAGAUGGAGCGACUCGAGAAGGAGAGGAAGGAGAAGGAGGAUGCUGCGAGGAAGGCGAGGGCCGAGGCUGCGGAACGAGGACGGCAGGCUAGUCGUGAAUGGGCAGAGAAGCAGAAGAAAAGAUGGCCAUGCAGGCAGCAGCAGCAAAAGCUGGCAAGGAUGAGGGACAAGGGCGAGGUCUGGUUGCGGUAAAUGCCUCGUAGCUGACAGUGUGAUGCAAAGAUCCAGUCACUGCUUCGAGGUUUGACGUGAGUGGAUUGGGUGAAGUAUGGAUGGAUGAACGGAUGAACGAACCAACGAUUUUGUUUAGGUUAUGCUCUUUUCAGCCCUGGUGUUGGUAUUGGUAUGCUUGCUUUUGCUGAGGUCCACUGAUAUUGUUACCGGAAGGUAUCGAAUAUGCAGGACGAGGGGCCUGGAAUCCAGGACAACACUGUAAGAGGUCGUCAGUCGCUUAUGAGAUAGUACUUCUAUAGCUUGAGCCAGACAGAAAGAUAGUCUACUUUGGGAUAUUUCUUUGUAC